AUGUCAGAGCUGAAGAAAAUCACAAAACUUAAUCCAAAGAGACUGGACUCGAAAAAAUAUUUCCAAGAAUCGACGAAUAUGAGAGUUUUGGGAAUACAAAAACUUAAUUCAACCAGUUUUGUGACUCAUACAAAGAAUGAUUCAAGUCACCAUCACGCUUCAACGACUGUUUUCUUAGAUUAA